AUGGGCUAUGGUGAACUUCUCUUCUCGUUGCGACAUGUCAAAGCUGGGUAGAGACUUGAGAAGAUGCGGAUGAUUAGCAUGGUCAUUUCAAAGCGUCCUGGACGCCCUCAGUUUCUCCUCUGCAUUCUGCCAGAUAGGAAAAACUCUGAUCUCUAUGGCCCAUGGAAGAAGAGGACUCUUUCUGAACUUGGUGUGGUGACUCAAUGCCUUGCGCCUGGGCCGUGCAUCAACAAGCAGUACUUAACAAACGUGUUGCUGAAGAUCAAUGCCAAGCUUGGUGGCCUGAAUUCAGUCUUAACUACGGAAUACGCUCGUCCAUUGCCACUACCCCUGGUUUAUAGCAAACCCACUCUUAUUAUAGGAAUGGAUGUCUCCCAUGGUUCACCUGCUCGAGAUGUCCCUUAUGUUGCUGCGGUUGUCAGUUCAAGGCAGUGGCCUUUAAUCUCAAAAUACCGAGCUGCAGUCUGUACCCAACCGCCAAGAUCUGAAAUAAUUGGCAGUCUGUUCAAGCCAGUUUCUGAAACUGUGGAUGCUGGCAUUUUCAGGGAGCUACUGGAUGAUUUCUACAAAACAUGUGGUCGUAAACCUGCACAAAUAAUCAUUUUCAGGGAUGGAGUGAGCGAGUCCCAGUUCAACCAAAUUCUAAAUGCUGAGCUAGAGCAGAUCAUCAAGGCUUGCAAGUUUCGAGAUGAGAGAUGGGAUCCCAAGUUCAUGCUGGUUGUGGCACAAAAGAACCACCAUACCAAGAUUUUCCAAGCCAACUCUCCUGAAAAUGUCCCUGAAGGAACCGUGAUUGACAACGAAAUCUGUCAUCCUAGAAAUAAUGACUUCUACUUGUGUGCUCAUGCUGGUCCAAUUGGAACAACACGACCAACGCACUACCAUGUCCUAUACGAUGAGCUCGGCUACUCUCCUGAUGAUUUUCAGGAGUUUGUGCUUUCUUUGUCCUAUGUGUACCAGAGAAGCACUACUGCCAUCUCUAUAGUUGCGCCUAUACGCUAUGCGCAUCUUGCCGCUGCCCAGAUGUCUCAGUUCCUCAAGUUUGAUGACUUCUCCCACAGUGGCGGAGGCGCGCCGGCUGUACCUCAGUUUCCGGUCCUGUUGGGAACAUCACUCUCCCUGCUUCGUGGCUGCAGUCGUUUCAGAGCCUCGAAGCCUUAGAUUUGUCGUCCAAUGCAUUAACCGGUGGGAUUCCAGCAGCUAUUGGGAACUUCAGUAGGCUGCAGGCCUUGAAUGUGUCACAUA